GUGGCUGUGUGUGGGAGUUUCAGGAAUAACGGGACACUAGCUGUCGAAUCUUUACUCUUAAGUAUUAUGGCGUUUGUGGUCAAAUUUUCGUGUGCGGUAGUUACUAGGUUGCUUUUCAUUCUUAUCUCACUCAUCGGAGUUUGGAGAGUGACAUUGGUUAAAGAUGACAAUAUCUACUGGUUUAUGACAUUCCUCUUUCUACCUCUCGUUGUCGAAAUGAUAAUAACUUUGAAAAGAAGAAAGGGAAAAGAUUAUAAAUGGUUCUCGCCAGCCAUUAUGUUGUUCCUUGUCAGUAUCAUUCCAUCCAUCUGGAUUCUGGAACUACAUCAUCAGCAUCACAACUCUAGUGACCUCCAGUGCAAGAAACUGGACUCUUGGGAAAAUGUGAGAAGCAUGAUUUCUCUGAACGAAACGGUGGGGAAUUUAACGGUUCAAACCUAUCUAAAGGGUCUUGACCAACUCUUGUCCACGGUUUGUCCCAACGACUGGAUCCUGGCCCUCCAUCAGGUCCUUCUAAUCCUACUCAUCAUAGGGAAGUGGCUCCUCCCACUGGGGGGCGGGGUCACACGGGAGGAGCUCUCCCAGCUCCUGCUCAUCUUCGUUGGCACAGCAGCUGACAUCUUGGAGUUCACCAGUGAAACACUGUCUGAUGUCAAGGAAAACAGCCCUCAGCUGGUGUACAUCAUCUUGGCAGUGUGGACCUGGAGCAUGUUACAGUUCCCUCUCCAUCUGGCCGUGGUGAACUCAAAGCCAGAAAGCGAGGGUGAAGGCCAAGGCGAUUCCCUCCUGACCAAGCACAGCACAGACAUAUGGAGCAUCAUUGAGAGCCUAUUCAUCCAGGAUGGCCCUUUCCUUGUGGUCCGGCUCACCGUCAUGACCUACUUUGAUGUCUUCCACCAGAUGUUGGUGUUCUUUACCAUUAAAAACUUCCUGGUGGUCAUCCUGAACUUCUACCGGCUGGCCGUCAUAUGCCAGAACUACAGACCUGUAGUCCGGUCCAGAAGCAGCAGUAACAUCCCUGAUUGUAGUAGGGUAGAGGUGGAGAGGAAGUAUGGGGAGGGGAGGUUGGAGAGAGACAGGGUUCCUGCCUCUGCUUUGGAGGAAGUUAAUACAGAAAGUACCAUUACGUAGUGCACUGUUUAUACAAUGCACAAGUUCAAUAUUGGACAGGAUUUGUGAGUUCAAAAGCUGGAAUGAAUUAUCUGACUUGACAUUUCCAUGCGUAAAGAGAAGGAGGGACAGAAACCGUUUAAAAGUCACAAGCAUAUAUUCAAUUUCAGCUCAGCUGAUUUUCUACAGUAUUUUAACUUUUUUGUAAUGUUUUUACCCCUUUGACAAAAAUGACAUGGCUUAGAAGUUUACCCCCAAAGGUAUGUGAAAUAGAAGAAGAAAAAAAUUGUUAGCAAACAAAGAGUAUGACUGUAAAGGUAGGCAGCCAAAUGUAACUGUCCACAGCUGACAAAAUCUACCCAAUUUUGUUUUCCAAUGGGUUGCUUUUGACGAUGGGAAAAGGUGUGAUUAUGCAGUGGAUUCGGAAAGUAUUCAGACCCCUUCCCUUUUUCCACAUUUUGUUAUGUUACAGACUUAUUCUAAAAUUGAUUCAAUAAAAUAUUCCUCAUCAAUCUACACACAAAACCCCAUAAGGACAAA